GGGACAGACACGGGCAGGAGGCGGAGGGUGAGCGCUGCAGGAGCCGCCGUAGGCAGCAGGGCCGGGGACGGUGGCGCCUGCGCUCUCUGAAACAGCCACUGAGCGAGCCGCCAGCUUGACCUGCCACGGCUGCUGCGGAAGCCAAGUCUCCUGCCCACCCAUUGUGUCCCGUUUAACUAAUGAUCUGAAUUGCUGCUUGUCUUAUAGUUAUGAAUUAUUCUCAUUUCAUCACUGCAGUAAGUGCAGCAAGAAAGGCAUCUCCAAUAAGACUUCUGACUGAAUUGACGCGGAAGUCUCCCCCAUCAGUAAUCUCCUUGGCUGGAGGGGAACCAAACCCCAGCACUUUUCCAUUUAAGAUGGCCACUAUUACGACUGGAGAUGGAACUGUUGUGAAUAUUGGGGAGGAUUUGAUGAAGAGAGCCCUCCAGUACUCUGCCUCAGCAGGAAUUCCUGAGUUGUUGUCCUGGCUAAAGGAUUUACAGAAGAGCCUCCACAAUCCUCCCACUGCCAACUACAGUCCUGAUCAGGGCCAAAUGGAGAUAUGUGUCACCACCGGCAGCCAGGAAGGCUUGUCCAAAGUAUUUGAGAUGCUUAUUAACCCUGGAGACAAUAUCCUUUUGGACGCACCCACCUAUUCUGGGACUCUAGGAGCUCUAAGACCUUUGGGCUGCAACAUAAUCAAUGUUCCCAGUGACCAAUACGGUAUUAUUCCAAAAGCCUUGAAAGAAAUUCUUUCCAGAUGGAACCCAGAAGAUGUCAGAACGCACAACAACAACAUUCCCAAAUUCCUGUACACCAUUCCAAAUGGUGGCAAUCCCACUGGAAACUCAUUGACUACAGACCGCAAAAAGGAGAUAUAUCAGCUUGCAAGACAAUAUAAUUUCCUUAUAAUAGAAGAUGAUCCUUAUUAUUUUCUUCAGUUUGAUAAGCCUUGGGCUGCAACCUUCCUCUCAAUGGAUGUUGAUGGUCGAGUUAUCAGGACUGACUCUUUCUCUAAAAUUCUCUCCUCUGGGUUGAGAAUAGGCUUUUUAACUGGUCCCAAACCACUUAUUGACAGAGUUAUUCUGCAUAUACAAGUCUCAACAAUGCACACCAGCACUUUCACACAGUUUAUGAUUGCACAGCUUCUUCAGCAGUGGGGAGAAAAAGGUUUCCUGGAGCACGUAGACAGGGUAGUGGCGUUCUAUAGGGACCAGCGAGAUGCAAUGCUUGCUGCAGCAGAUAAGUGGUUAAAAGGUCUGGCAGACUGGCAUGCUCCUGCUGCUGGCAUGUUUCUGUGGAUUAAAAUUAAGGGAGUUUCUGACACACAACAGCUGGUCAUGGAAAAAGCUUUGCAGAGAGCAGUGUUACUGAUUCCUGGAGGAGCAUUUAACAUUGAUAGCUCAGUUCCCAGUUCUUACGUCAGAGCUUCUUUCUCUCUGUCUUCUCCAGCCCAGAUGGAUCAGGCUUUUCAGAGGCUGGCUGAGCUUAUAAAAGAAGCUGUAUGAAGAGACCAAAUGAAAACCAUCUAGCAAAUUAAAAGUCCCCUUGAAAAAAAAGUGCACCUUCAUUAAAAGAGGAUUUCAUAAUGACA